AAAGGAGGAACAAUUCAUACAAUACAAGACAGUUUCCUCUGUUUUUGUUUUUGUUUUUAUAUUUUCCAACGAUAACUUGUGAGCUAAGUUGAUCAACUUCAAAGUCAGCCAAUAAAUACCUUUGCACUACAAAGGGAGAUUCAAGAGCCAAUCCACAACACAAACAUACACUCCCUUCUUUCACUGUCCCUAGUUGUUUGUGUUGAUCAAAACAAAAGCAAUGAAGAACAUAGUUCCAAAGCUGGAAAACGUGCCUAUAGGAUUCAGAUUUUGUCCAAAAGAUGAAGAGCUAGUGGACCAUUACCUCAGACACAAGUUGUUGGACGAUGAAAUCGGUGUGAACAUCAUCCCUGAGAUUGACCUUUGCAAGGUGGAUCCUUGGGAAGUCCGAGAAAAAUCAAAGAUAAAAUCCGAAGACCCAGAAUGGUUUUUCUUCAGUCCUGUUGAUUACAAGUAUCCAAAAAGUAAAAGGGUUAACAGAAAAACAAAGGGUGGGUUUUGGAAAUCCACUGGAAAUGACCGCUACAUCAAGGUAAAAGGAACCAACAAUGUCAUUGGGACCAAGAAGACUCUUGUUUUCUAUGAAGGCGGUGUUUCUGAUAGUGUCAAGUCUGACUGGGUUAUUCAUGAAUAUCAUGCUGUUACCUUUCCUGAAAGCCAGAGGACUUUUGUUUUAUGUCGCUUGAUGAAGAAAGAUGGCAAAAGAGAUGAAAGGGGAACUGAUGCAUUGAUCUGUGAUGAAGCUGAGCCAAGUAGAAACAUGGCUUCCGACUAUGAAAAUCAAGUAACAUCUGAAGGAAUUGCAGAUGUAGGAAGUACUUUGCCAGAAAUGAGCAUGGAUACUAUCUUUCAGGCGAUGCAACAAGCAGAGAUAUACUUCUCUCAAGAGCAACAUUCUCCAAUUGCAAUUGAGCAGGAAGCAUUUUUCACGAACUCCCCAUUUCACGACGAUGCCUAUUUUAGAAAUGAAAACAUUAUUACGCCAACUCCAUUUGAAACUAUUGAAGAGGAAAAUGAGUUCAUUAGUUCUAUGUUAGUUGAUGAUGUUUUUGUUAUCAACAAAGAAGAUAAAGAACAUGCUUUUGUCAACAGUUCUACCCAAUCAAAAUCAUUGAAAAGGGUACACUAUGAAAGCAGUGAUACAGAUGCUGAAGUAAUCUCUGCCCUGGUAAAGAUAAAUUGUCCAAAGUCCAAAUGAUAUUAUAAUAUAUAUGUUUGUUUCUCAACAAUUUGUAAAUUCUAUAGGUUAAAAGAUACUCAGAUGAAAUGUCUGGUUAGAUUUGGUUUUGAUAUUUUGUCAUGAGUCAUCAUUCAUGGAACAUUACUAAGACUUCAGUGCAUUCAUCAUCUCCUCACCAACAUACACCCUAAUACUUCAAAAGUACUCUUUUCUUGGGUUUGUGAUCUUUUCUUUAUUUUGAGCACUUCAAGAAUUGACUUCAUCUAUUUAAUUUCUUCUGAAAUUAUUACAGCAUGGCAAUAUUGGGGAUAUUUCAACAAUAUGUGAUGAAUGCCCUAAUCCGAGGGAAUAUCAUCCAUCAAAAAGGUUAAAAUCAUCACAUGGCACAAUCCAUGGUGGUGUAUAUCUUCUAUCUUCUAGCCAUGAAGUAAAUAACAAGCAAAAGGAGAGUAUUAUUCAAGAUGAUUUUGGGGGAGUGCAGACAUCCUCUUGCGACUCAACCACAGAUAAAUCUUGGGAGAUCAGUUAUAUUGAAAUUUCUAGUUCUCCUUCCACUGUAAGGAACUGGAAAAAUCAGUCUCAUCCAAAAGCAGACAACUGCAUGUGACAAAAGACUGCUGCAAGAAGGAUCUCAGACACAGAGGAAGGUUUCAAGCAAUGCAGUAUCCCAUCUUGAGGUGAGAAAAUCAAGCAGCUGCACUUGAGAAAUGGAGAAGCCUGCUUGACCAAGUAGGUAGAUGCUUCAUUUUUGGGAUGUAUAAGGAGACUGAAUAAUCAGUUACCCUAGUUAGUUGGACUAGUUAGUUAGAAGAGAUUAGUUAUAAAUAAGGGAAAUCAGAUUGGAAGAGAAAAUUCUGUGAAUUUGAUAGAUUGUGUAAGUGAAGAGAGAGAUCUUUGUGAAGUUCUGUUUCUGUUCUUCAAUCCUAUUAUGUCAAUAGAAAUGGUUCUUUCAUCUACAUUGACACGCCUUCAUCAAGCGAAAUCCUAUUGCUACACUCGGUGUAUCUUGUCAAUGUAGUCAUAGGGAUUUUGUUGAUCAUAGUCAUUAGUUUGGAAGUGUUGUCAUGUUACAAGUGCAGUCUGUACAGAUGAAGGGCUGGUGAGGGGUGCUGUGAUUCCUUUUCUUGUAGUGCUGCUAUUAGUUAAGCUUUGUUUUAGGAAUUCAUCAUUAUAAGAUAGUUAAUGUGUAUAUUCACAUGGAGUCACCACUGAUGCAAGCUUAUUGUAUCUUUCUUAUUAUGAAAUAUCUAUGUUAACCAUUUGUAAUUGUAACUUUUUCAUAGUCUUUCUAUUAGCAGU